UGUACCGACUUACUCCGUAUGGAUCAACACACAUAUCAGACAUUAUGUAACACUCUUAGAAGUAGAAAAUUAUUGGAGGAUGCUCGUGACAUUAGCAUCGAAGAACAAGUAGCUAUUUUUUUGUUGACAAUUGGACACAAUGAACGGAAUCGUGCCACGCAGAAUACUUUUCAGCAUUCUGGACAAACAAUAAGUAAGUAUGUCAGUUGUGUACUACGAGCAAUAUGUAUAAUGGGUAAAGAUUUUGUCAAUCGGCCCAACGAUGACGUCCCAACUAAAAUUCGGAGAUCGAAGCGAUUCAAUCCAUAUUUCCAGGUAUUUUCGAAAUUGUAAAGUAAACAAAAUGCAUCCCACAUCCAACAUACAACAUGACUAACUUGCACAUAUGGAUCUAGGAUUGUUUAGGAGCAAUUGAUGGCACUCAUGUACCUGCAUGGGUCACAACAUCAGAGCAAGCAAGAUUUCGCAAUAGAAAAGGUUAUAUUUCGCAAAAUGUCAUGGCUGUAGUUGGAUUCGACAGUCGAUUCCACUACGUUUUGGCAGGAUGGGAAGGAAGUGCGACAGACUCAAGGGUAUUAUACAAUGCACUUGAUCAUCCAACGGACCCAUUUGUGGUCCCCGAAGGCAAAUACUAUCUUGCUGAUGGGGGUUAUCCGAACAUUGUUGGUUUCCUAACACCUUAUCGAGGACAUCGUUAUCAUAUGUCAGAAUUUGACACCCCGGGGGCACGCAGACCUAGAACUCCACAAGAAUUAUUCAACCAUAGGCAUUCAUCACUUCGAAAUACAGUAGAAAGAACUUUUGGCAUGUUGAAAGCACGUUUUCCAAUAUUGAAAAUGCAAGUGCCGUAUCCAUUCAAAAAACAAGCUCAAAUUGUGCUUGCUACAUGUGUAUUGCACAACUUCAUACUUGACCACAAUCCAAAUGACGAACAAUUUGGUGAUGAGGACGCACCUAUAAUUGAUAAUUCUGUCGACAACGAAGAUGAUUCCUCGUCAAAAGUACUAUGUCGUCUUCGAAGGCAGGUCACGAGGAAUAUACAACAGUUGGGAGCAGUGCCAACCAUUAGUGUAUCGCUACAAGGGCGCCCUGUUCAGAUCAUUUCAUACCUAUGA